CCGGGAGGCGGGGACGCGGCGUCGGCGGCGGCUCCUCCAGUCGCGUCUUUCUCACUCACUGGGGAACCCGGCGGUGGCGGCACCUUUGGAGGCUGAGCAGCCAGCCGCGAGCCCGCCAGUGGGAGGUCGGGCAGACUGACGGCAGAGCCGACGGACCGACGGACAGCGGGGCAGCCAGGCGGCUCGGGGGACCUCAGGAUCCGCCAUGAGCUGGGGCACGGAGCUGUGGGAUCAGUUCGACAGCUUAGACAAGCAUACACAAUGGGGAAUUGACUUCUUGGAAAGAUAUGCCAAAUUUGUUAAAGAAAGGAUAGAAAUUGAACAGAACUAUGCGAAACAAUUGAGAAAUCUGGUUAAGAAGUACUGUCCCAAACGGUCCUCCAAAGAUGAAGAGCCAAGGUUUACUUCGUGUAUAGCCUUUUUUAACAUCCUUAACGAGUUAAAUGACUAUGCAGGACAGCGAGAAGUAGUAGCAGAAGAAAUGGCGCACAGAGUUUAUGGUGAAUUAAUGAGAUACGCUCAUGAUCUGAAAACUGAAAGAAAAAUGCAUCUUCAAGAGGGACGAAAAGCUCAGCAAUACCUUGACAUGUGUUGGAAACAGAUGGAUAAUAGUAAAAAGAAAUUUGAAAGAGAAUGUAGAGAGGCAGAGAAGGCACAACAGAGUUACGAAAGAUUGGAUAAUGACACUAAUGCAACCAAGGCAGAUGUUGAAAAGGCUAAACAGCAGUUGAAUCUACGUACGCAUAUGGCUGAUGAAAAUAAGAACGAAUAUGCUGCACAAUUGCAAAACUUUAAUGGAGAACAGCACAAACAUUUCUACGUAGUCAUUCCUCAGAUUUACAAGCAACUGCAAGAAAUGGAUGAACGAAGGACUGUUAAACUUAGUGAGUGUUACAGAGGAUUUGCAGACUCAGAACGGAAAGUUAUUCCUAUCAUUUCAAAGUGUUUGGAAGGAAUGAUUCUCGCAGCAAAAUCAGUUGACGAAAGAAGAGACUCUCAGAUGGUAGUAGACUCCUUUAAGUCUGGAUUUGAACCUCCCGGAGACUUUCCAUUUGAAGAUUACAGUCAGCAUAUUUAUAGAACCAUUUCUGAUGGGACUAUCAGUGCAUCCAAACAGGAAAGUGGAAAGGUGGAUGCCAAAACCACAGUAGGAAAGGCCAAGGGCAAGUUGUGGCUCUUUGGAAAGAAGCCAAAGGGCCCAGCACUAGAAGAUUUCAGUCAUCUGCCACCAGAACAGAGACGUAAAAAACUACAGCAGCGCAUUGAUGAGCUUAACAGAGAACUACAAAAAGAAUCAGAUCAAAAAGAAGCACUUAACAAAAUGAAAGAUGUAUAUGAGAAGAAUCCACAAAUGGGGGACCCAGGGAGCUUGCAGCCUAAAUUAGCAGAGACCAUGAAUAAUAUUGACCGCCUGCGAAUGGAAAUCCACAAGAAUGAGGCUUGGCUUUCUGAAGUUGAAGGCAAAACAGGUGGAAGAGGAGACAGAAGACAUAGCAGUGACAUAAAUCAUCUUGUAACACAGGGACGAGAAAGUCCUGAGGGAAGUUACACCGAUGAUGCAAACCAAGAAGUUCGUGGACCACCCCAACAGCAUGGCCACCACAGUGAGUUUGAUGAUGAGUUUGAAGAUGAUGAUCCCUUGCCUGCUAUUGGACACUGCAAAGCUAUCUACCCUUUUGAUGGACAUAAUGAAGGCACUCUGGCAAUGAAAGAAGGUGAAGUUCUGUACAUUAUUGAGGAGGACAAGGGUGACGGAUGGACAAGAGCUCGGAGACAGAACGGUGAAGAAGGCUACGUUCCCACAUCAUACAUAGAUGUAACUCUAGAGAAAAACAGUAAAGGUUCCUGAAGAGGGUUUCUGAGGAAAUGGGCAAGAUGUUGAAGGAGGUUACAUGCAGCUGCUUUUGGGGGGGAGGUGUUAGAGUUGUCAGGCUCAGAGAGAGUGAGAGAAGCAAGUUGCAUGAGUGCAUGCAGACAUGAUUAUUUUUUACUAACUUCAUUAGCAUUUCCAUGUGUUGCUUUAAAAAAUCAUUGUAAUACCAACACUUAAACUUGUCAUGUAUAGCUAUUCAUAUAAAGGAAAAAAAGCCAACAAUGGCUAACCUUUUUUUCCAUCUGUUUUACUGAUGUUCAAAUUGGAAAGAAUGCAGAGCUCUUAUUAAAUUUGACUGUCCUGACAGGACUGUCUGUCCCAGCUCUGUUUUAAUUGGCUUUUAGACCCAUUGUCUGUCAGAAUCCUUGCCAUUUGUCAGUGUCUGCCUGCGCCACCUCUGUGCUUGCUUAACAUCCUGUUGCAUGUCUAGAGUGAUCGGGUUUAGAUUUUUAGGCAUGUCUUUAUAAUCCCUUGUUCUUGUCAAAGCCUUUGUUUUGUUUUACAUUUGUAGUGCAAAUCACUUUGUCAGACAUCUCCAGCACUAAUGUUCCAUCCUAGUAUUUGUGUAUGCUGCUAUAAUGUCCCCACUACAGAACAUUCCAGUUUUGGCAUUAUGAAGAAGUAGUUUGUGAACCUGAAGUAUUUAUGAUCAGAAAAAGAAAACAUCUCUGCUCUAGCCUACAGCCCAGUUGAAAGAACUCUUUGAAACAUGAUCGAUCUUCAGCCCCUCAGUCUGGGAAGAACCUAUAGUCAGCAAUGAAAUCCUGGCAUAAUAAACACAGAAGAUACUCACCGCCUCAAGACAAAGGACUGUUGUCAGAAGUCAGCUGCUUCCAUUCAAAUGCUGCCUUAAACUAGAGUGCCUAAAUCUGUUGAUUGCCAACUCUACCACUACAGUGUCCCACAAAGGGCUUCAUGUGUCAACUAAGUGUGACCUCCUUUAACUUGGCAGUGCUGCUGCCGCUGCCAUACAACCUCCAUGGGGGGCUUUUAGUGCUCUGCCACGUUUGACGGUGCAUCUUCAAAUUUACACAUCAAACUAAAGACAUGUCCGAGUCCAUUUUAUUUAAUCAGUGUUUUCAAUGAGAAGUUUUAUGGACCUCUCCCCUCAUUGUCUUUAAUUUGGGGUUACCGUGUUCUCAUUUAAUUAGUACAAUGAUAGUCUGUUUCCAAGUGAUGAUUUUAUUUGAACUGGAUAAAAUAUAGUGAAACUUUGUAAUGAUCUAUGUGCACUUUUACUUGUAAAAUGGGAGUUUCUGUAUGUUUAUACUUGUAUAUAUAAUUGUCAUCAGUGCCCCUAUUGCUCAUGUUGUCCUGCCUUGCAUUUGUGAUUCUGUUAAUGACUUGUAUCUUUACUGAUUUCUUAGUGGCAUUUAAUAGGGAGGUGGGUGGGGGUGGGGGGGAUAUUUGUAACAUGGAAGAUUGAUUAAUUUGGUUCUUUACUGUUUUGAGGGAAGAAAGAAAACGUGAAAUGGUCUAUGUAUUGUUGGAUUUCAAGCAAUAUUUUAGAAGCUGUGUGAUCGCUUUAAUAAUUUUCCCCAGUGUUAUUUGAAUUGUACUCCCAGUUAUAUUAAUACUAAAGCUGAGUGGCAGUGGUGUGAAAGUGGAUGCCAUCGUAAGAUCAAGUAUGCUCCUGUUACACAGCUGACAUACAGUUUAUUACCUUUAAGACUAGUAAACUAUGAAGUUUUAGAUUUUAAAUCUUGUUACAGGGUUAUUUAUAUAAUGUGACAUUAUUCAGUACUGACAGACUACAUAAAGUAGUUUUAAAAUCCAGUGCUAUUUUUAUUUUCAAGGUUAGCAGUGAAGAGGAAAUGUGAUCUGGCUCUGUUUGUCUUCUGUACAAAGCCUGAAGUGCUUGUGUUUUUUUGGCUAAUAGCCACAGAGGGCAAAGUUUAAGGCUUUCUCGUGAGGACUAACUGUUCUUUUCAAGCUACUGUUUGUUUUUCUUAAAGCAGGAUUUGCUUCUGUAGGAGGCAAGUUCCUUCAUGUGGAAUAGUGCAACCUGUAUAUGGAUUAUUAAAAUAAGGAAGACAUUUGUACUUGCACAGUUUAAAUCAUUCUUAAAUUUGAACAUGUGAAUUGUCCAAAAGAAAUCUUUAGUUUUCCAGUAAUUUUUACUCUUUCUGUGCACAUGUUGAUUUCUUAAUGUAAAUGCUUUGUUUAAGAUAGUGUUCUCUGUUGAGAAUAUUUUCAUGGAAUAAAAUAAUCUUUUCAUGGUCCAUUAAGGUGUAUAGAAUUAUCUCUUAUUAUCGCUAUGUGAAUUAAAGAGAUGUAUUGGUUUUGUUAUUGAAUGUGCUAUGCUCCAGGUAAUACAACAUAGAUGGCUACACUCCAUAAAUGGAAGCAUUUGUGUUGGGCAGCAAGUUUUGCAAAGCAGUUUUGAAAGUUAUAUUCUAGGUUUAGUUUCUCUCAAGCUUUCCUAAAGAAAAAAAAAAGUUAACUUUCUUUACAGUGAAUAAUAAUUUGUAUUUUUUAAUCUUUGUUCUACAAUAGUUGUGUUAGACUUUUUUACACCAUCUUAUCCUGUGCAUCCAUAAGAACUGUCCCUAUACUACAUAGCUUGGUCUAGUCUUAGGCUGGUCAGCAUUUCCCUUGCUUCUGCUUUCCUAAUCAGUCAGAGUGAGUGCCUGUGUCUUCAUGGCAUCUCAAAACAUGGAAACAGAAUGUUGGCCACAAUUAGUGUCACAUUCAUGAUUUUAGAAUGUCUUAAUUUCAGAAGAUUAACCUUUUUUAAAAGGGCAAAUACAAAACUAUGACUAGUAAGUUCUAGAAACUAAAAAGGAAUGAAACUCAGAGUUGAUCCUGAACAAUGAGGGGUGGUAAUUGUUGAGAUGAAAAUUUAGAGAUCCAUGCCAAGCUUCUAAGUAGGGACAUACACAAAACAAAACAUCAGGAAAACAACGCCUAUCAGAAUACUCAACAAUGAAAAGGACUUCUACUAUCUGAACCAAAAUCAAGGAAGUCAUAUCCUACUUGGUAGGGAAAGAUAACAUCCUUAUAGCAGUAUUAAGGAAAGAGUAAAAGGAAAAGGGUCUCCAGACUUGUUGUAAAGGAUAGAUUUUCUUUGUGAAGAACAUAUUAGUGCAAGUGGAAAAAAAAAAAAAAAUACCAAAAGCAA